GGAGAGCUUAUCCCCAUUCUGCUACAAUAUGUUUGGAGUCGUCAAAUGGAUGGUAAACCAGUUCUGUGGAUUGCUCAUAAUGGGCGCUCCUUUGAUGUACCGUUUCUCAUCUUUGAGUUCCGACGGUGUAAGGUAGAGAUGCCUGGUGACUGGCUUUUUGUUGAUACUCUUCCUAUUGCAAGACAAUUGGUUGAUUCUGAGGGGUCAAAACUCAGCUCUGUGUCAUUGGAGAAGCUGAGAGAACGCUACAAGAUUCCCCUCACGGGGAGCGCGCACCGUGCCAUGCAGGAUGUGACAACCCUUUGUUAUGUGCUUCAGAAGUUGACUUUUGAGCUGAAACUAACUGUUCCUCAGCUGCUGGAGAAGUCUUUCCGAGCAUCAGAUCUUCCGGCCACACGUCCUGAAAAAUAACUGCCAUCGGCCUUGCAGGGAAGGGAAGACCGCCUCAAAGCUCUAGAUUGUUCAAUUGUUGUAUUAUUAGCAGAGUUGUUAUUUUGAGAUCCCAACUCUGAUUUCAUUGAUGCACCUUCUAACAACAGAAUAAAGCCAGCCUGAUUCUCACUGAUUCAUAUCAGUGGUACAGUGAUCAGUAUUACUGAUACUCUGCCUUUGUAGGCUUGUAUACAUUACUGAAUAUUAAUUAAUUCGACAUACAUUUACUUGAUUGCAAAAUUACUUUUGUGGCCUGCUCCUUGCCCAAUCACGGAGAAAUGUAAUGCUCGAGUCUUGAAGGCUUCUGCGGGGUGUAAAGUGUGCUGGCCUACUGCGUUUUCAGACUUCCACUAUUUCUGAGAUACAGUUCUUACAGCAUUAAAGGGAAGAGUCUAUUAUACCCUUGUUGAGCUCACUGCGUUGUGUCAUUCUACGAAUGCAUUUUUCGGACAUCACGCCUGUUUUGUACAUAUUCAACCAUAAGUUAAUCUUAUGGUCAUACAGGUUCACCAGAGGCCCGUUGUAUCUGUAACAGGGAGAAGAAGAAGAAAAAAAGGUCGAUUCUGCCCUCGGUUUUGGGAGGGCAGCGGUCUCUAUAUAAGCCGGGGCCAGUCAAACGCCAACUACCCUCUCUUCCCUCCAACUUCCCAAGUCCCAACCAAACGGCGACACCAAGCUUGGGCGCUCGAGCUCGAGUGGAGGCGAUGGAGGGGGAGCUUGGGUUCCUCUCGCCCGCGAGGCCGUCGCGUGUCUCCUCCGAGCGCGGCGAUGGUCGCGGCUUCGGAUCGCCGACAUGGUCCUCUCCGCUGGGGACGCUGCUCGAGUCGCCAUCAUCGCGCGUUUCCGAGGGCCGCGCCUGCGAGGACGGGGUCUCGGGCUUCAGCUCGCCGACAUGGGGAUCGCCACUGUUGAAUCUGUUCAACACCCCCUCAUCGGGCGUCUCCGAUGACAGCCCUGUCGGUGACAACGGCUUCGGGUUCAACUCGCCGACAUGGGGAUCGCCGCUGGAGAGGCUGUUCAACUCGCCCUCAUCGUGCGUCUCCGACAGCCGUGGUGGCGGCAACGGCUCCGGGUCCGGGAUCAGCACGCCGAAGCAGGCGUCGCCACUGGGGAUGCUGUUCAACUCUCCCUCAUCGUGCUUCUCCGACAGCCGCGGCGGCGGCAACGGCUCCGGGUCCGUGUUCAGCACGCCGAAGCACGCGCCGCCGCUGGAGACGCUUCUCAACUCGCCCUCAUCGUGCGUCUCCGACAGUCGCGGUGGCGGAAACAGCUCUUCGCUCAGGGUCUCGAAGGAGCUGGACAGCGAGGUGCAGAAGGCGGAGAGGCUCCUGCGGGCGAUCACCGAGCGCUACAACAACUGCUUCCUCCGCCUGCGCAACGCCACGGCCGAGCUCGCCGACCUCCGCCGCGAGCGCAUCCGCCUCGGCGCCGAGAACCUGCACCUCUCCCUCCUCCUCGAGGAGCACGUGGUCGCCGAGCAGAGCAAUCAGGCGUCCGCGGUGCCUCUGACACCGCCGCUGAAGCCCGUGCAGGCUGAAGCAGCAUCCGGAUGCGCCCCGAAGAGCAUCUCCAUACGCUCGAAGAGCUUCAUCUCGCCGAAGCAGCCACUGCGCGAGAUCCAACCACAGCGCCUCCGUGUUCGCGCGUCCCCGGCGAAGGAGGACACAGGUGGCAAGGAGAAGGAUGACGGGGAGGUGGAGCUGGAGGCUUACGGACAGGGCGCCCUGAAGACGGAGCUGUGCAACAAGUGGGAGCGCGGCGCGUGCCCCUACGACGGGCGGUGCAGGUUCGCGCACGGCAUGGAGGAGCUGCGCCCCGUGAUCCGCCACCCCCGCUACAAGACCCUCGCGUGCCAGUUGUUCGCCGCCGCCUCCGGCUGCCCCUACGGCCACCGCUGCCACUUCCGCCACUCCCUGCCGUCCAUUGCCGAGUCCUGCUAGGCCGCCGGCGACCGUCCGCCACCUGCUGCUGCCGCGUAAGCGCAAUGCCUCUUCUAUCCUGUCAUUCAUACUGCAAGCAUUUUGUUGUUAUGAUCAAGUUCCGGAGCUGCUUCGCCUGACAUUCAUACUAGAUCAGUUAUAGCUUAAAUAAAAUUGCAUCAUGCUGCAAGCAUUUUGUUGUUAGCUCAAUAAUAUUGUAAAAAUUGCCAAGUGUUGGGCCAGUGAUGAGUUAGAGUUGAUGGGCCAAAUGGGCAGAGAUUCGCCGACAAAAGAAGAUGGGCCAAAUUGGCCGUGUAUGUCGGUCGUGUGAUCGCUGACAAAAGAAGUGGCACGCGUUGUGUCAUGGAAUAGCCCAUUGUAAGGCUUUGUAUGUAGUUAUUUUUUUGAAAAAUAUUUGUAUAUUGUUAUUGGACGGGGACAUUGCAUCUUGUAAACCUGAAUACUAUUUUUUUGGGAUUUUUCCUGU